AUGUGGAGGCAAGUUGUGCUCUACUUCAGGACUCACAGCUACCAUGCAGACAACUGUCAGGCAAAGGAGAACCUCCAAAAAGAAGAUGAAGCAGAUAUUAAAGCUGCACAAUGGAUUUUCAAGCAACCCAUGGGAUCGGAGAGGACGGAGAUACGCAAACGGCAGAUGGCUGCGACCCCGGAGAGCCCAGGUGCUGCACAGGCUCAGCUCAGCACAGGAAAUCGAGGCUCCAAUGCCUGCUGCUUUUGUUGGUGCUGCUGCUGCAGCUGCUCAUGUCUUACUGUUAGAAAUCAAGAAGAAGAGAGAGCAAGGAGAACAUCUCAUGAACUCCAAGCAGAGGGUAUUCCAAACUGUGAGGAAAGCCCUGCUCCCACUCUUGAAGAAGUAAAUGCCUGGGCUCAAUCAUUUGACAAGUUGAUGCUUACUCCAGCUGGCAGAAAUGCUUUUCGUGAAUUUCUGCGAACAGAAUUCAGCGAGGAAAACAUGCUUUUCUGGAUGGCCUGUGAGGAACUAAAACAAGAAUCCAACAAAAGCGUCAUUGAAGAAAAAGCACGACUAAUUUAUGAAGAUUAUAUUUCCAUCCUUUCUCCAAAGGAGGUCAGUCUGGACUCCAGAGUAAGAGAAGUUAUUAACCGAAAUAUGCUGGAACCCUCACAACACACCUUUGAUGAUGCACAGCUUCAAAUUUAUACCUUAAUGCACAGAGACUCUUACCCACGGUUUAUGAACUCUUCUAUUUAUAAGGACUUGCUUCAGUCCUUGUCCAAAAAAUCCAUUGAAGCAUAGAAUUUUUUCUUAAAUGUAUUUAUUUUAAAACAGACGGGACUCUGGGCUACAGAAAUCCACAGGGAAUUUAGAAUUAAUCAGAUAUUUACCUGAAAAUAACUCAGGCAAGUUUUACUACAGACUGAAUAAUUAAAAUCCGCACAAAGCUCUGACACAAUCAAGUACAGUUUCUGAUUAAAUUCAGUAUUACUUUGCAAAAGGAAAUGAAGAGAAAUGAAGAAGAAACAUUGUUCCAAAAAUGCAGUAUUUUUUCAAACACAGCAGACGAUUCAGACACAAAGCUAUUACAACUUAUGUCUGAGGUACAAAUACCAACUGAGCACGAAACUGAAACUGAUUUUUAAGUGGAGUGUUAGAAUUUUCUGGAAAAUCAAACCAGUUGCUCCAUCCACACUGUGACCAAAGUAAAAAUAUUACUGUCAAUACUGUGUUACUCUAGGCACUGCCAUCACACCUGGCAUAGGUACACUCCCCUUGUUUUGGUAUAUUUAAUGCAUACAUGGUGCACUAAUGGAAAUUGGCAUGGCAGUCUCAAGUUUAUGAAAGUUACUGGUUGAAAUAAUGCUGCUUAUAAAAAAAAUCUUUUGCUGAAGAAUUGUUAUUUUAGUAUUAGAAUCUGCUGAAAGCAUUAAGUUCCCUUUGUUGAUGUUCAUAAAGUUAAAUUAUUUAUUUCAGAGGAAGACAAGUCUGGGCAUUCAAGUUCCAAAAUAAAGCACAAGAAUUCUCACAUAUUUUUCUCUUCCCUCAGUAGGUGUUUGUAAAACCCUUCACUAUUUUUUCCCAAGACGACAACAGUUUCAACCAGCUUGGGUUUGUAAAUAUGAAAUUCUCCCAUUCCCUGACAGAUCUUGUAAGGUUUCCAUUACAGAUAUACACUCAAUUUACUUAAUAAAAGCAGGAAGAUGGAACUUGUGUUCUGAUACAGCACCAUUUCAGACUGUCCAACAGCACCAGCUCUAUCCAGUUAUAAACCAUGUUCAUUUACAGCAUACCCAAAGCAUUACACUUAAUUCCUGGUCAUAUCUCAAAAUCAGUAACCACAGGAAAUAGUAGGAAGAAAGCAAGUUGAAUCCACAUAAACUAUCUGUAGAUCUGUUACUCUAAUGUGUUAUUUCUUUCAAAUCACAUGAUUCACUACAAUUCCACUACAUUAAACUAUGGAGUUUAUAGUGGAUUUCCACUGAAUUGUAUUUUUCCCUGUGUAUUUAUUUAAAUGAGCCAAAUGACUCGUAUAGGUUGGAAAAAGACAUAUGGGAAACAGAAAGACACAAAUAAAUGCCCCCAGAAAGGGGUACCAGACAGACAGAGUUCAGUGAUGUAUACUGUAGCUUUCCAAAACCUACUCUUUGCCUAAAUCCAGCACUAUGGAAAAUACAAAAUGGGAACUUUCUCAAAAAAAAAAAAAAAAAAAAGAAAUAGAUUCAAGAGAUCAAUUUGUUUCCUUAAUGCACUUGGCAAAAUACAGUAGGGGCACAACAAGUAAUGUUAUGCCCUUACUGUAUUUUGAAGCACAUACUGAUUUGAUUUUUUCAGUACAUAGCACCACAGGAGAAGAGCUGGUACAUGGUAAUUUAUCAAUGCUAUGGGCUGGUUCAAGCCAGGCUGGAUGGGCAACCUGGUGUAAUGGAAAGUGCUCUUGCCAGUGGGGAUGGUACUAGAUUAAGGUACCUUCCAACCCAAAUAAUUUAUGAUUCUAUGACCAGUUUUCAUCAUCUCCUUCCAACAACAAAACAGCAUUCAACAUGUCAGCACAAAAAAGUAAACCAAAAAAACUAGAGAGAGCAAAGCAAAGUGAUUUUGCCUGCUGUAGCACAGUGCUGCAUGACUAAGAGGAAACCCUUCCAUGUACCACUAAAGACACAGUUCAGUUAGUGUUUGCCACUGCUUACCCUAUCAAUGCUGCUUACCUCAGCUGAAUAUCUAUUUAACACACACAAAGCACUACCAAUACAAUUUCAGUUUAUGUGAAAUACUACAAUGUAAGUAAUAACUUCAACAAAACAAAACAGGUAUCUUCAAAAGGCAGCACUCAUGGGGAGCUUGCAGUCAAACAGAUGAUACUGUAUUUGUUUUAAUCAGUGGGUAGGAGUGCUCUAAACCUCUAAGCUGACAAAUAAAGUUUACCUUGGUCAAAUUCAGCUUGUUGGAAAGAUCAUAUGCACACAUUCAAAGCAUGUCACCUCACAAAAUGAAGGAUUUAAUUUAAGUUCUUCCUCUUCCCUGCAAAGAUACUUCAUUAAAAGUUUAAACACUCAUAGUCCAUAUCAAACAAUAUAUUCUACUAUUUUGCAAGAAAAAAAUGCAAUGAAGUUAGAGGGGAGAGAAAACUAUUUUUUGGGGGCAGUUUUAUGGUUAAUAUUAAAUUACAAACAAAGAAAGUAAUAAUUUCUAAGCUUAUCCAUGUGCCACAACUUCUAAGCAAUUAACAUUCUCUAGGCAAUUUUCAGUUUACUUCUGCAUUACAAUAUGUUGACAUUUGCAAUGUGCAUUCUUUCCUGAAAUAUCUUAACAAAUCUUAAUGCUGUGCUUUGGGCCUAAGAUUAUACCCACUACCAGUAGCAGAAUGCUGAUACUUAGACAUCCUGAGAAUACUCCAAAAACCCAAACAACCCACCCCCUUAAAUAUCUUGUUAUUUUGAGGCUGGUUAAUGUUGGAUUUAAUUGAUGGCAUGGAGGCAAGGAGGAAGGUGGGGGGGGAGGGGGAAGAGAAGAUGAAAACAAAAACCCACCCACACAGGCAACAAAUUUUUAAUUACAUUUCAUUGCUAUAUACCUGUUCAUGGUGCAUAAACUUCUCAGGGCAAAAGAAAAGUGCACUGAAAAGGAAAAGUUUCCAUAGACAAACUGUUACAUGAGUAGCAAGAGAAAAUAAUCAUAUUGACAUAAGACAUUAUUUAAUCAUGUAAGAAAUUAUCAGAAAAUCAAUUUAUCCUAGGUUGAAAACGAGCAUGGUAUUGUUUGCCUUGGCAUUUAUCACACUGCAGGAUAUCAUUAAGCUGUAACAACUUUCCAGUCCACUGGCAUUCUUCCUUCAAUGUCUGCACAUCAUAAAGCAGUAACCCCCACAGAACAUGCUUACUGUUAAAGACUGCUCUUUUCACCAGCCUGCUAAGCACUAUUAAAAUUGCAUGGGUUCCUUCAGCCAACAUAUUGUGCUUUACAAUGACCUUUAAAUUCCAAAGUCAUUAGCACAGUACAAAUGGAGGAAAAAAAUAUAUUCUGAAGGGUUUUACCAUAUAAAGUUAGAUCAAAAAUCAUCACACAGGCAUCAUGUACUUAAGCAGUUUUGGAUUACAAAGGAUAUCAGAAAAAAGACAAAGUGAUGAGAAAGGCUAUCAUAUCAUAAUGUUAAGUAUUUUUUAAACAACUUUGCUGUAAGCAGUUCUAAAGAACAUGUGUCUUCUGCUAUAAAAGGUAUGAGUAUUGUUUCAAUGACAUUAUGAAAUUUUUUUUAUAAUAAGGUUGUAACUAAAUUAAUCCCAAACUCUUUGAAAUGGUAAAGAAUUCAAGAGUAGUGAUGAUCUAGUGAAACAGAAGCUAAUAUACAGCUGUAAAAAAAUCAAGCUUAAAAUAAAUGCUCAGGUUUGUUUAUAUGAAUAACUAAUAUUUCAAGAUCCAUUUCCAGAGGCAUGUGUUUGAAAGGUAAUACAACCACAUUUUACAGAAUGAAGACUUCAUGUUGAUGAAUUAAGUCCUGUCCAGGCUGGUAAGGGUUGUGAGUUUCAAUUAAAAACUCAUGUAUGUGAUCAAAAGUGGAAUCCUGAACUCCAGAUAAAAAAAGGCCCUUCCUUGGAUUCACAAAAGCCAAGAUCACUGGGCAGAUAUUUCUCUUCUGCUUAGUGAUAGUCAAAAAGAACCAUUCAGUACAAGAUAGCUUAAAACUCACACUUUCUCCUGAACAAGACAACAGAAAAUAUGAGCAAAUGUAUUAUAUAUGAGAAAAUGUCUUCUAAUGAAGGAUCCAGAUGUUGUGUUUUCUGAGCAGCACAAUCCUCUAGCCUUGCUUACACAAGACUGGAUCCUUAAAGAACACACACACACAUGCGCACUUUAGAAGGAAUGUGGCCUACUCUUUCUCUCUAGUAGAAUUGUGUACAAACUACCUUAAAUUGCAGGACAACUUUGCUCCAUCUGAGAGGAUUCAAGUGUUCAUAAAGGUAAUAACCAAACCUGCUAUUCUUGGAGAGAUUCAUCAGCGCUUCUGCUGGCAUGUUUCAGUGCAUGAAACACCCCAGUGUACUGGGUCAGUCUUGGCACAACUGCCGCCCAGUAGACAAGCCAGCCAGCUGGAGAAAUGAGACAGCCCCAGCCCCACUUUUGCAUCCUCUUUGAUACAGGAGGGCAAUUUCAGACAGCUGUUAAAACUGCAGCAACUGUUGAACAGAGGUCCAUCCACAGAUCAGUACCAGAAAGUUUUAUUUUUGGAUUUGGGUAACCAAAAUAAAACACUAAUAUAACUGAUGCAUUUUUAGAUCUAGUUGUUGCACUCCAUCUUUCACUGGGCAAAAGAAACGGUUCUUUUUACCAUGGGGGCAGAAGAGAGAAGGAUGAAGGCUGCUGCUCAGGUAUCAGGUGAAAUCACAUUUUAUUUCAACACCUACUGGGAUAUACCUGCAUCACAGAAAGUGCUACCACAGUUCUGGUUCUUUUAAUAUAGUCCAGAUAUAAUCUGGUGACUACAGAAAGACAAUUACUACAUUUUCUCAAGAGAUAUUUCUUGUAAGUGUCACAACCAGACACAAAGAUCAAAGGACACACAGUGUGAGGAAUAUUAUGAAAACCAACCACUGCCUGCCCUGUACAUGUAUAGUAUGAACAGCUAUGGAAAUUUAGAUCUACUUGGCAUCCAAUUUGCUGUCAUUUUAACACAAUUUUUUGGACUUGUUCUUUUACAAAGGUCCCCAACCAAAGCACUCUAAUUGAGUGUAAACAUCUUUAAUUGGUUUGUUGUCCUCAACAACUUGAAAAAAAAAGAUUUAUAUCUUUUAGUAACUCUUAGGAAGCAAUCCUGCCAAUGGACCUACACACCGGUUAAAAAUUAACCCAUGCUACUAGUAGAAAAAAAUUUCCUAAAUGGCAUUAGCAUAAGUUGAGUUAACGUGUUUAUAUAUAAAAAUCUAUUCAAUAAAUUUUAAAUGCUAAGCAAUUUUCUGUCUAAAAAUAUAGUCUGUAACAAAAAUUCUUCUAUUUUAAUAAUUUUCACCCUUCAGCAGAAAAGCCACACUCCCUUGCAUAAGCUGACUGGAAAAGCUUACUGUAUCAAGUAUUAACCAAACAGCUCUCAAAGUUCAAGUGUCAUCAUACUAUUUCAAACUCAUUCAUUACAGCUGCCACUACCACACAAAAAACAUUCAACAUAGAAGAACUUGGUUUUCCUUUACAUUCAAGGAAUUUAUUUCCCAGGAGCUGUCAUACUCUUCCCAUCCCCUCAUGAAUAAUUUAUACAGUGCCAAAAUAGACCUACUCAGCCCCAAACUCUAACAAAUUAAGUAAUAUAAAAUUAGAUUUAAUGAAUUUAAUCUGUUCUAAAGAUGUUGACAUGUUUUUCCUUGAAAACACAUUUGCAAAUAUUUCUAAACAUGCACUGCUAAAAAGCAAACUCUAAAAAAGCAGUAUUUAUAUCAUUUCUCAUAUGGAAAAGAUCAUAACUUUAAUAAUUUAUUCCCACUUGCUGGUCUAUGAUGGACACCAGAUACCCUACACGUCAAAAAUCAUUUCAUGAACAAAAUCAAUGCCAUUUAAAUGAAAGGAGUAUAGUAUUAUCUCCCCAGCCAGUUUAAUGUAAUGAAUUGGUGAGCUGCUGUUAUUAGGAUAGCCUACAACACAAUGCCUUUGCUUAUUUACAAAGUCUAAGCCCAAGCUGGUUCUCAAGUACAUUAAGCAAGACCGAACACUCAAAUCAGAUUUAACCACUAUUUUAAGACAUUCUUAGAAAUAAUGCCUGCUGAUAGAAGGUAAAAUACAUGCUUUGGGCAAUAAAAUAUAUUGCAUUGAUCAAAGCUGGUUACAUAAACAAGCUUAACCAACCAUUGCAAAGAGGUCAUCAUAUCCAUUAAUAAAUAUUCAAACCCCAUGACUGCAAAUUUAGUCCUAGUCCAGAAAGAGCACACAAACUAGAGAGUUAUUUAAAUUGUGUUUUAGUUAACAACUGAGUUUAAUGUUAUGAGGAACUUAUAUAUCUUUUCUGCUUGCAAAGCAAAGUGAACAGAGCAGAGAGAAACAAAUUUCAUUCUUACAACCAAGCAAAUGUGGAGAGGCAAAAUACACACAGGAGGAGCAUGUAUAUUUCAGACCACAAAAAAAAUACAGUACAUUAUUCACAUAGUUAGAAAAAACCAAGACAAUUACCAAAAUGUUUAACUGGUAAAAGUUUAAUGUCAACUUACUUAUAAAAAUGAAAAAAAUAUUUUAAAAUUCACCAUACAAUUGAGCAACCUGGCCCUACUGACUACCAGCUAUAGGAAGGCAUUUAAGGAAAUGAUGGUUGUGUCAAAACAAAGGCUAACUUGAGGCAUGUAUGCUGCUUUGAAAUAAAAAGAAAAGAAAAACCAAAAAA